AUGUUGGAGGAUGACUGUCUAUGGAAAAGGGAGAGUGGAGAUUUCAGGACAGGUUUCAGUACGUCUCAAACAUGGAAUCUCAUAAGAGCUCAUGCGCCUAAAGUUUCUUGGAGUACAGGGAUAUGGUUCCCUGAAGCAACUCCGAAGUUUGCUUUUCUUGCGUGGAUUGCUAUUCAAAAUAGAUUAGCAACAGGAGAUAGGGUUCUAAGAUGGAACCCUCAAGCAAUAUCUAUUUGUUGGCUCUGCAAAAGAGAGAUGGAAACCAGAGAUCACAUUUUCUUUGAGUGUGCAUACUCAAAGGAAGUUUGGAGAGUGACUGUGGGAAAUCUUGUGGGUAGUGGAGUUAUUUACCAAUGGGAUCAAGUGGUUAGAUUGGUGGUGAAUGGGACUUGGGAGAGAUGUGUUAAGUUCCUGUUUAGAUAUUGCUUUCAGGCGGUUGUUUAUGCACUUUGGCAGGAGAGAAAUAUAAGAAGAGCAGAAGAGAAGUCGCAGCCAAUUUCUUGUUUGAUAGCAAGGUUGGAGAAAUUGGUGAGAAACAGAAUUACAUCUUUGAGAAGGAAAAAUUGGAGGAAGUAUGAGAAGACUAUGGAAGUUUGGAUGGGGAGAAUUUAG